GUGACGACGACUUAAUGUCAAAAGCGUCCUGCUUUCAAAUUAAAAACAAAAGGAUACAUAAAUCAAAUACUAUAUAAAAAAAAAAAAACGAGGAAAAACUCUACAAAGACACACACACACAAAGUACAAAGAUGCUUGUCUAGCUAAGCAAACAACGUUGCGUAUACGACGCAUUGUGCAUAACAUCAACAAGCAACAAAGCAUAUACAACUGUGAUAAUAUUGAAAUUGAAAAACUCGCGUCUGCUAUCAAGCAACAAAGUUAAGCAACAAUAAACAGAAAAUGUCCGUGCCCAUGCUGCUGACGCCACUGGAGCCGCAAACGGCGGAAGACCACAUGCAAAAUUGCGCCUCGCAUGUGGAAGCUGCGCCGCGUUACAACAACGCCAACGAGCUAUUGGAUGCCACCAGCAGCAGCAGCAGCAGUUGCAAGCCCGCGCUGCGUGAGUUUCAGGUGCGUCUACUGACGCCACUGGCAGCGGAGGAGCAGCUGGGACUAACAGGCGAUGCCAAGGCAUUGGGCGAGUGGCAAUUGUCGCGCUCUGUGCCGCUGGAGCGUGUGGCGGAGCUAACCUGGCGCACCACAGUGCGUCUGCAGAGCUGUCGCCAGCUGGAGUAUCGCUACUUCAUCUAUGUGGAGGAUGCUGCGGGCUACAAGCAAAUCAGGCGCUGGGAAACGCACUUCAAGCCGCGCCAGCUGCCCGCCUGCUCCGAUCAGCAGUGCAGUCGCCAGUCGGAUGUGUUUGGUGUGGCCCAAGUGGAUGCAGCGCCGCAAGUGCAUCGUGGCUGGCUCAAUCAUGAGGCCAUAGUGCAGCUCAAGUUCAAUGGCGAGAAAAUGUUCCAAGUGCAUGACAUAGAAACGUUCGAUCCGCAGCAUGUGCAGCUUAAGCUGCUGGCGCUGGACCCAACUGCUGGUCUGACUGUGGAGUACAGCAAGCAGAGCUAUGGCCAGAGUCAGCUGCAGCUGCAGCCUGCGCAUGGCGUGCCCUACACCAAAGGCGACAUAGUCAUCUUUCACAUAACGCUGCCGCUGGAGCGCAUGAUGCUGCAGCAGUUCCGCUUGGAGUGCUACAAUCAUGCACAGGAGCUGCUGGGCAGCGCCAGCUUAAGCUCCGCGCAGCUGCAAGGCAGCGAGGGAUUGCUGCAGCUGCACAUCAAGUCGGCGCAGCAGCCGGAGGAGACGCUGGCGCGACUGCGUCUGCCCUAUGUGCUGGUGCUCCCGUAUGAAUACUCGCCGCUGGACUUUAAGACGACCUAUGCGCACUACUGGCCACGCAGCUGGCCCAAUCUGGACGUGGGACAUCGCGGCAACGGCAAGAGCUACAUAGCCGAGGCGCCGCUGGAGCGUGAGAACACCGUUGCCUCCUUUCUAAGCGCGCAUGCGCAUCACGCGGACAUGAUAGAGCUGGAUGUGCAUCUGACAGCCGACGGCAUUCCCGUUAUAUAUCAUGACUUUGGGCUGCGCACGGCGCCGCCCGGCAAGCUCAUCGAGAAGCCCGAUCAGCUGGAGUAUGUGCUGAUCAAGGACAUCAACUAUGAGCUGCUGAAGCGUCUGCGCAUCUUUUCGGUUAUCAACGGGCAGGUGCAGGAGUAUCCGGCGCACAAUGCCGAGCCACGCAGCGAGCAUCGCAUCUUUCCACGCCUGGUCGAGGUGCUGCAGCAGCUGCCCAAGUCGCUGGGCAUAGAUGUGGAGAUCAAGUGGCCACAGCGUCGCCAAGGCGGCGGCUCCGAGGCGGAGCAGACCAUAGACAAGAACUUCUUUGCCGAUCGCGUGCUGCAGGAGGUCAUACAACAUGGCUGCGGUCGUCCGCUCAUCUUCAGCAGCUUCGACGCCGACAUGUGCACCAUGCUGCGCUUCAAGCAGAACAUCUUUCCGGUCAUGUUCCUCACCCAGGGCGAGACCAAGAAGUGGCAAGCGUUUAGUGAUUUACGCACGCGCAAUUUCGUGGCCGCCGUCAACAAUGCGCAGGCCUUUGAGCUGGCGGGCACGGCGCCGCAUGCGGAGGACUUUCUGGGCGAGAAUGGCGCAGCGCUGCUGCAGCAGGCGCGCGAGCUGGGCCAGAUUGCUGUCAUCUGGGGCGACGACUGCAACUCCAGGGAGCGUGUGCAGUAUUUCACCGCCAUAGGCGCCACCGCCACCUGCUACGAUCGCAGCGAUCUCUACAUGCCGCAGACCAAGCAGCGCGCCUUCUUCAACUCCAGCCUGCUGCUGGCGGAGUUCGAGGCGCAGUGCAGAAUCUAAAUAUUAGAAUUAGAAUGUUAAAUUUUGUAUCUAGAGCGUAGUGGAGUUUCGCGGGCGAGCUCAGGGAUUGUAAUUUAUGUUUAAAGUCUUGUUAAUCAAUUGCAAAUUGUGCAAAAAAUAUAAAAACAAUUGUCUCCUUGUGCGUUCGAUGUAAGCAAACAAUUAAGCUAUAUAUAUUUUUGAUACCAAAUAGAAACAAUAACAAUGUAAACAACUAUGCCCCAACUUGUCCACACAGCCGUAGGCUACGAAGCGAUGAAGUAGAGCUUAACAAAAUGCGGGCACAAUAAAAGACAAUGAGAGAAAACAGCAGCAAGCAAAGUGCUGGCUGGCUGGCUAAAAAUAAAAGAAAUAGUUGAUGAAAUGACUA